AGUUUGCGGCGCAGCAUCUGCAUGGCAUGUGGCCAGCACGGAGAGUGAAUGGGAACGCUUCCGAAUCGCGUAUCCUUACGAUCGAGGCGAUCGAUCUGUGCUUCGACGAAAAUGGUAAAGCCCACCACACGGAUCACUACGAAAUGAUGUCCGAUCCGCGGGUCGAGCAACUCCGUCGGCGAGAGUUAGUCGUACGCCGUGGCGACCGCUUCACGGUGCGGCUGCUCUGCAACCGUCCUUUCAACGACCAGGCCGACACCGUAGUGGUCACGGCGUACGUUAAGCCUUUCGGUUCGGAAAAGGUAAGCUUUGGAAAUGGCUGCAUGGUACACAUGGCGCUGGAGACACAACAACCGCAAACGACUGACGCCACGGAGCCACAGGACUGGAGUGCCACGAUCGUUGGAAGCUGGAAGGAUGGAGCGAAGGAGACAAUCAGCGUGGCGAUCUUUGUGCCAGCUGGGGCAUCGGUUUCACGGUGGAACCUGGCGUUCAACUGCCGGCUGGAUGCGACGAAUGGAAAAUCGUCCUUCGAGAUUCCCGAUCCGUUCUACGUGCUGUUCAAUCCGUGGUGCAAGAGCGAUCUGGUCUACCUGGAAGAUGAGUCCGCGCGGCAGGAGUAUGUGUUGAACGAUAGCACCAUGAUAUGGAAGUCGACGCCCAAGGAUCGGGGCAUGCACAGCUGGAACGUGGGUCAGUUUGAAGUGGACGUGCUGUCGUGUGCGAUGUUUAUCGUCGGGGUGACGGGUCGCGUGGCUCCGACGUACCGUGGUAAUCCGGUGCGCGUGGUUCGGGCCCUGUCCGGCGCCCUGAGCACGGCCAAUGGUCUGGGAGUGUUGCGAGGCAGGUGGACCGGCGACUAUGGCGGUGGGACGCCUCCCCAUGGCUGGAGUGGGUCGGUCAAAAUCCUGCAGCAGUUCUACAACACUGAUGAAGCGGUCGAGUAUGGCCAGUGCUGGGUGUUUGCGGGUGUCUUCCUCACGGUGUGUCGGGCACUGGGGAUACCGUGUCGAGCCGUUACUGCGUUCGAGUGUGCUCACGACACGGAGUCCUCACUGACGAUCGAUAUCUUUGUCGACGAUAGCAACAGCACGGUUUCUGAGUAUUCGGAGGAUUCCGUCUGGAACUUUCACGUGUGGAACGAGGUGUGGAUGAGGCGUCCGGAUCUGGCCGUUCCGAGGUAUGAUGGAUGGCAGGUGGUUGACGCCACGCCGCAGGAGAUGUCCGACGGUAUGUUCAAGCUAGGGCCGGCUCCUGUGGCUUCGAUCAAGGAGGGGGCCAUCAACACGCUGUACGAUACCGAUUUUGUGUACUCGGAGGUGAACGCGGAUAAAAUAUACUGGUCGGUCGAUGGUAGUGGGAACAUGAACCCAACACCGCUCCUGACGGACACCGGUAGCAUUGGGCAGCAUCUCAGUACGAAAGCGAUCGGAUUUAACCGACGGGAAGAUGUCACCGAUAGCUACAAAUUCCCCGAGGGAUCCCAGAAGGAACGGGAAGUGAUGCGAUCGGUCGUGGUGCAGGGCUGCCAACGGUUCAGCGGGACCUGUGUGGCCAGCAAACAGCUUUCGCCGGCCACCAAAGCCGCUGACCACGGGCACGGCAUUCAGUUGGCUAUGCGGGCGUGCUCCGAGCACGUCCUGGGAAAGCCUUUCGGGGUGGAAUUAAUUGUUUCAAACUCGUCCAAUGCGGUGCACGAUGUGGAGGGAUCGAUCAAUCUUAAACACUCGGACUACACCGGAAAGCAUACGGAGCUGAUUCGAACGGUACCGUUCUCGGUGACGGUUGCUGCCGGCCAACAGGUUUCGAUAAAGGAAUCGCUGAACUACAACGAGUACAGGAGCACCAAGUUUGAUCAGACCCACAUCAAGGCGUUCUGUAUGGCCGGUCUGAAGGGUGAUACGAGCAAGAAGCUGUUCGUGAACAGUGACUUUAGCUUAGAAAUACCAUCGAUCGAAAUGAAACUGGAGACGAAAUCGGACGGCAGCAUGACCGUGGUAGCACAGCUGCAAAAUCCACUUUCGAUUCCACUGACCGACGGACGGUUCAUUUUCGAAGGAUCACGCUUCACGAAACCGCUCGAAAUAAGAUUUCCUAAAAUUCAGGAGAAUGAGCUUAUAAAAGCGGCAUAUCCAAUAGCCAAGCGGGGCAAAAAGUGUAGCACCAUCGUUUCGGCUCGCUUCUGCGCGAACGAGCUGAAACAUGUCAGCGGAUAUCACGCGUUCGAUCUCCAAUGA